UGAUCAUCUACAGGUGCAAUAAAAACUGCUUGAUAGCCAUGCGCACAGAGACGGGUGGAGACACUGCAGAGCGAGGUGAAGACUGCUACUAGCCUUCAACAGCUGCACGCCGGAGUGUGAGGACAGUCUUCAGUAGAGCAGCGGGAGCCUUGUGUUUCUGGUGUUCACCUCAAGAAAAGAUGUCCCUCUUUAAGAAGUUCUUCGGAAAUAUCAUCCGUAACAAAGACCCCAAAGAUGACAAUGUCACAGUGAAGGGCAAGGAGACACCUAAGUAUUAUGGAACCGUCACCCCCUACCCUAACUUCAAUGCCAGCAGUGACGCUUCAGUCCUUCAGAGUGCCAUUGUAAGUAAAGGAGUGGAUGAGGAUGUGAUCAUUUCAAUCCUGGUGAAAAGAAACAAUGAGCAGAGGCAGAAGAUCAAGGCGGUUUAUGAGGCGUCCACUGGGAAGAAACUGGACAAAGAUCUGAAGUCGGCUCUCAGGUCGCAUUUAGAGGACGUCUCUCUGGCUCUGCUCAUGCAACCGGCCCACUUUGAUGCCUACCUGCUCAGGAAAGCCACGCGGCGUCUGGGCACAGAUGAGGCGGUCCUGGUGGAGGUUCUGGCAACGAGAUCAAACCAAGAGAUUCGAGAGCUCAAGAGGGUCUUCAAAGAAGAGUACAACAAAGAGCUGGAGGAAGUUAUUAAAGAUGAGACCAGCGGUGACUUCACAGAGGCCCUUCUGUCCAUGCUGCAAGCAAAUAAAGACGAAAGUACUGAAGUGGACAUGGCUCUUGCCCGAAAGGACGCAGAGACUCUGUUUGAGGCCGGUGAAAAAUCGAAGGGAGUCAACGUGUCCACGUUCAUCAACAUCCUGACCUCAAGGAGCGGCCCGCAGCUUUCUAAGACGUUCCAGAACUACGCCGCCGUCAGCGACGUCACGUUACCUAACGCCCUGAAAGUGGAGCUGAAGGGGGACAUUGAAGACUGUCUCAUUGACAUUGUGAAAUGUGCCUGGAACACACCAGCUUUCUUCGCCGAGAAGCUCCAUCUGGCUAUGAAGGGCCACGGUACAUGUGAGGACACACUGAUCAGGGUACUGGUGAGUCGCUCUGAGGUCGACCUGAAGAAGAUCGUGGAGGAAUACAGGGCCAUGUAUAGCAGGAGCCUGCAGGAGGACAUACUGAAUGAUACAAAGGGGCAUUAUCAGCAGGUCCUGCUGGGACUGUGUGGACCUCACUGAUAUUUGGUUCUUACUGCUUUAUGUUGGGAACAGAGGCCAACUGAUACAUGGGAUGGAGCUGAAAUAUAAAUAAUAAUAAUAAUAAUAAUAAUAAUAAUAAUAAUAAGGAACAAUGUAACAUAUUGCUUAUUGAGUCAAUGUUCCAAUAAAGCUGUUAUCCAACAACA